CAUUUAUGCACAACAGAGUAUACUCUUUUAUAAAAGCCGCUGACCGGUGACAAUUGAUGAAUUCUGAUCGAAAUCCAAGAUGGCGGGUCAAUCUGUUUCGGGGUUCAAUGAAUUAUCUACAUCAACAAAUAGUUCAGAUUCUACAAAACGACCUGGAACACCGCAGAUAACGCCAUCAGAACUCAGUCGUCCUGUCAACUUGCAAAGAAUAGCACAAAGAAAAGCGCAAAUUAAGACUCAUCCGAUUCGAAAAAAACUGGAGAAGUUGGGUGUUUAUUCUUCGUGUAAGGCUGAGGAUUCCUGUAAAUGUAAUGGAUGGAAAAAUCCUAAUCCCCCUCCGACACCAAGCAGAGUAGACCUUUCCCAGCCCCUUGCUAACUUAACAGACCCCUGUCGUAGCUGUGGCCACACCCUUGGAGCCCACAUCUCGCAUUUGCAUGAUAUUCCAGAAGAUGAACUAAAUCGCCUCCUCUGCAUGGUUGUUGAUGUUGAGAACUUAUUUAUGUGUGUGCAUAAGGAGGAAGAUGCUGAUACCAAACAAGUCUACUUCUACCUGUUUAAACUUUUGAGGAAAGGAAUUCUGCAGAUGUCAAANAGCAACAAAGUCAAUUACACAAGAUGGUUAUGUUACUGUCAAGUUCCAGUCUUCUGUGACAGUUUACAGAAGUAUGACCCUACUGCGGUUUUUGGAAGGGCACUUUUAAGAUCGGUGUUCUCUGUGAUGAGACGACAACUAUUAGAGAAGUUUAGAGCAGAGAAAGACAAAAUGCCACCAGAUAAGAGAACCAUAGUUUUGACACACUUUCCAAGAUUUCUCUCGAUGCUAGAGGAAGAAGUUUAUGGUGAUAACUCUCCUGUCUGGGAUGAUGAUUUCACUGUACCCCAGUCAUUAUCUCUAGGUCCUUCAAGACUCUCGUCUCCUUUGACGCCAUUGACAGAUAGGGGAGAUUCUCUUGUAGCUACUGCCAGCUCUGCAGUUGGUUCCAGUCUAUCUUCUGUAUCAUCCAUGCUUCAGUUAUCAAAUUCUACCUCACCUACUGAAGAGCUGACUGGUGAGAAAAGAAGCCCUGAUGACGAUGCACCUGUCAGCAACAGUGCAAAACGACAAAAACUAGCAGGAGAUGUACCUCUUGAAGUUUUGAAUCAGAUAGUGGCAACAAUAUCAGACCCUUCUGCCAUGUUAGGUCCAGAGGGAGGCCUGUACCCUGGAACCCACAGCGCUAGAGACGAGGCAGCACGGUGCGAGGAAAGAAGAGGUGUCAUUGAAUUUCACGUUGUUGGAAACUCAUUCAAUAGACAGCCUUCACGGCAGACACUUCUUUGGCUUGUUGGAUUGCAGAACGUGUUCUCAUACCAACUGCCAAGAAUGCCGAAAGAGUACAUCGCAAGACUGGUAUUUGAUCCGAAGCACAAGACUCUAGCUCUAGUCAAGGACAAUAAACCGAUUGGUGGAAUUUGUUUCCGAAUGUUUCCCACCCAGAAUUUCACAGAAAUCGUCUUCUGUGCAGUGACCUCCAAUGAACAAGUCAAGGGUUAUGGUACACAUCUAAUGAACCACCUCAAGGACUACCAUGUUAAACAUUCUGUGCUGAAUUUUCUUACUUACGCCGACGAGUACGCUAUUGGAUACUUCAAAAAACAGGGAUUCAGUAAGGACAUCAGAAUGCAAAAAUCGUCCUACAUUGGAUACAUCAAAGAUUACGAGGGCGCCACAUUGAUGCAUUGCGCGAUCAAUUCGAGGAUUCAAUACACGGAAUUUUCAACCAUUAUCAGAAAGCAGAAAGAGAUCGUGAAGAAACUAAUGGAGAGGAGGCAGGUGGAAAUUCGUAAAGUUUAUCCAGGGUUGAAGUGUUUCCAGGAGGGAGUGAGGCAGAUCCCUGUAGAGAGUAUUCCAGGAAUCCGUGAAACGGGGUGGAAACCCUCGCUGACCAAAAGUGAGGAUGCCGCGACCGACGCGGACCAGUUGCAGACUCAGUUGAAAAACAUCUUGACGCAAGUCAAGAAUCAUGCUAGUUCUUGGCCUUUCCAAAGACCCGUGGAAAUCUCUGAGGCACCAGAUUACUACGAUCACAUCAAGUACCCAAUGGAUCUCCGCACAAUGACGGAGAGGCUAAAAAGCGGGUAUUUCAGUUCCAAGAAGUUGUUUAUCGCCGAUAUGAUGAGAAUUUUUACAAACUGCCGAACAUACAACGCUCCAGAGACUGAGUACUACAAGUGCGCUAACACGGUGGAGAGGUUUUUCCUAAGCAAAGUCAAAGAACUCAGAAAGACGUGAGUUCCUUUGUGGUUGUACAGGAAACACCAGACGAGAAAAACAUUUCUUCUCCGGGACCACAGCGUUAUUUAAAACGACCAUGGCUCUAAAAAGUAAAGUGGAAAGAGAUUAAAUAGAUUUCUCCUCCGAAAAUAUUUAUUGAACAGAAAAGACCUCGUGAAAAAUAGAAUAUCUAUACAUUGUCACAAAAGAAAUUGACCAAAAGAUUACCAGUUGUGAUGGAAAGCCUUCAAGCAAAAGAUCGUCCUUUUCCAUCCAACCGAACUCCCUCCCCCACACCCGCCCAAAAAAAAUGUCAAAGCAAGCUACCUCGUAUAACAUUAUUGUAUUCCGUACUGCGGAACUCCGUCUACAGAACAGUUUGUACGUAUACCUGAAAAGGGUAUCUAUGCGGGAAAAAUAAAGAACUUAAUUUUGAUUUGUUGUUGUUGUUGUUGUUGUUGCUGUGUUGGAGUGUACUGGCUAUCCCCUAUCCGUCUGUGUGGUCAUAGGCUUCUUAAAUUUCAACAUUUCUUAGUGAAAAUAAGGUUCCUUUUUCUUGGUGCCUAAUACUGUGUAUUUCUUUGAAAAAAUGAGAAAGCUAACUUGCCCGUAAUCUAAGUCUCCAUUCUUCAUGUUCUUAGGUGUCUUCCAGCGAUAAUUAAAAUUUUGAAUAGUAGGAGAUCAAUUUUUUUCUUUUUUUGCUAGUAAAACUCCUGACCACACGAAAGACAGUUAAGCCGUUAUUUACCUAACAGGCGCGCGCACAGCCCAUGCUAACAAAACAUUUUCCUCUUUGUUAGCAUGGCAUAAUGGUCCUUGCGGAACCGGAAGAUCUAACCCUACGCAAGACCAAACUGCUUUCUGAUACCAAAAACAUGCGCUAGAUUCACUUGCGUUAAUACACGGCAAUCCUGACCAUAGACAGCAAUGGUUUACUGUGGAGAUUGUGCAGAAUGUUCAUAGGUCGACAUAAGGUUUUCA